AACUUUGAUACUAAAAGCAAAAGGGAAACAAAACUUGUCCACUUGUUUCCCUCAAUCUAAAACUCAAAUAUAAUAAUUUCACAGUUCCUCUCCGUCGCCAAAUUUUCAUACAAACCAAACAAAAUGAACACUGCUGAUACCUCCUCCAACACCAUCUCCGACGAUCCCAAGACUCCUCUUCUUCCCGUCCAUGAUCGAACAAUCCAACGUCAAUCAAGCUCCCACUCAUCUCUGACUUCCCUUCUCACACCAGGAAAUUUCUACAUCCUCCUAGGGCCUCUUUUGUGUGCCAUAAUAUGCCUGUUGGUGAAGUUAGAUGCUCCGGUGACUAGCCGGAACAUGUUGGCUGUUCUUGCUUGGAUAUUCUCAUGGUGGAUGACGGAGGCUGUGCCUAUGCCGAUCACUUCUAUGGCACCUCUGUUUCUAUUUCCACUAUUUGGAAUCGCUUCUUCGGAUGAAGUUAUGAAAUCUUAUAUGGAUGAUGUGAUUUCUCUUGUUCUUGGAAGCUUUAUUCUGGCUCUUGCUGUUGAGCAUUAUAAUAUACACAGGAGAUUGGCCUUAAACAUUACCCAUCUGUUUUGCGGAGAUCCUGUGAACCCACCACUUCUCCUCCUUGGCAUCUGCGGCACCACAGCGUUUGUCAGCAUGUGGAUGCACAACGUGGCGGCGGCGGUGAUGAUGAUGCCAGUGGCGACAGGUAUUUUGCAGCGGCUGCCGGUGGGUCCGGGCCAAGCACAAAACAGUGUGGUGGGAAAGUUCUGCAAGGCAGUGGUCCUUGGAGUGAUAUAUUCUGCCGCCGUUGGAGGGAUGAGCACUCUAACGGGGACUGGUGUCAACUUGAUAUUGGUGGGGAUGUGGAAGAGCUAUUUCCCACAGGCGGAUCCAAUCAGCUUCAGCACCUGGUCUUUCUUUGCUCUCCCUUUGGCUUUGGUAAUUUUCUUUGCUUUGUGGGCCAUACUUUGUUUGUUGUAUUGCUCGAGAGGUUCAGGGCAAGUCCUCUCUGCUUAUUUGGACAAAGCUCACCUUAAGAGAGAACUUGAAAUGCUAGGUCCGAUGGCUUUUGCUGAAAAGAUGGUUUUAGCUAUAUUUGGGGUGCUAAUAGUCUUAUGGAUGACAAGAAGCUUAACGGAUGACAUUCCUGGCUGGGGAGCUCUCUUCGGUGGACUUGCUGGUGAUGGAACUGUCAGUGUUUUGAUGGCAACACUACUAUUCAUAAUACCAAGUAAGAAGCAAAAGGGUGAGAAAUUAAUGGAUUGGAACAAGUGCAAGAAGCUUCCAUGGGGCAUAAUAUUAUUACUAGGAGCUGGUUUCGCCAUUGCAGAUGGGGUGAAGUCUAGUGGGCUGGCUGAUGUGCUUUCAAAAGCCUUAGACUUCUUGGAGAAAGCACCAUACUUGGCCAUUGCACCAAUUGUGUGUCUCAUUAGUGCCACAAUCACUGAAUUUACAUCCAAUAAUUCCACAACCACCCUCUUGGUCCCUCUGCUCAUCCAAAUUGCAAAAACUAUGAAUGUCCACCCACUGCUUCUUAUGGUUCCUGGAGCAAUUGGGGCACAAUUUUCUUUCUUGCUUCCAACUGGAACACCUUCCAACAUUGUAGGCUUCACCACAGGGCAUAUUGAGAUCAAGGAUAUGAUCAAGACUGGGCUGCCUCUCAAGAUUUGUGGUAUUGCUGCACUUUCUUUUCUAAUGCCUACACUAGGAGCUUAUGUUUUUAGGACAAAUGGAGAAGUUCCAUUUGUGCAAAGUUUUAUGUGAUAAGCAGCUGGUCUCUUCCUCAUUGUAAUAAUUACAUAAUUGUAUUAUAUAUUUUGUGCAAUCAGAGAGUGAAAUGCUCUCAUUAUCUCCAAAAUUUCUUCCUAAAUUUGUGCAUUUCAUUUCUUUUCUCAGUUAUUGUAAAUGUACAUAUGUAGUGGUUCCUACGGUGAAUCACAGUUACAAUCCUAAUUAAGUUCUUAUAAUUAUUCCUCGUGUAA